AUGCCGUUGUUCAAGAGAAAACCAGGGCAAAUCUUGAAUUCCUGGCUUCCACGUCUAAAAGCCUCCUAUGACUCGUCUGAUCGGAAGUCUGGAGAAACUUCCCCAGCUGUUGAUCAGACGACUUCCCCUAAACCGUCUCAGAUCAGCAGUGUGGAUCGUCUACUGACUCCAAAUGGAGAUUUGGGUGAGGGGAGUUUAUCAUUGGAUGCAACUGUAGCUUCAGGGUCAGGUCGACCCCGUUCUUUGUUGCUCAAUGCAGAUUUUAUGCAAGAAUUGGAUGGAGACAUGGGUAUCUCAGGUCGUCCUUUGGACUCUCCAAUGCGAACGUCUUCACGUCUCUCCAAGACCCUCCUGGAAAUUCUGCACGAUAAAGAAGCUCUCCCUUAUUUUAUUCAAUAUAUGGAAUCGCGCAAUGCUGGCCGUUACGUCCGCUUCUGGCUCGAUGCCAAGAGCUUCCAGACUGCUGCAUGGACACGGAUUCGAACUCACUCUCUCAAUGCUCUCGCGAAAAGUUCGUUGGCUGAGAUCUCACGGAAUGGCACGGUGACACCAGUGUCUUCCUCCCCUCCACACCCCCGACCCUUGUCAUCUUCAUUCUCGACUGUUACCUCUCUUCCAGCUGUGACAGCCCCAUCAUUAUCCCAGGCCUCUGAAGGCAUUUCACUCUCGUCUAGUCACGGUCGUGCAAACGGCAGCCCCCAACAGAAGGACGUCGCAGAAAAUUAUGUACGGGACAGUUGGCAGCCUGCGGUCAGCACAUUCGUCCGACCUGCAGUUCCGUCAUCUUUCCCAGCAGCACUUUCAUGUGCACACCCACAGAUAUCACCUUCUUCUACUUCCUCAUCUCUGUCAUCUCCUUGCUAUGCAUCGCCGUGUGCCCCUGACCCCGGACUUUUGGCUGAAGUUGUCACAGACGACACGACAAUUGAUGCACAGACAAGCGAUGAAAACGUAAACACAAAUCUUCCCCUCACGUACACCACACCAGAGGAUGAUGUUCCUUUGUCAAGUGGUGAGAUUGUAAUGGAUGACCAAAACAAAACUUGUUCUGCAGUAGAAACCUGCAGCCCCGGUGAGCAGUGGACAACUUCUUUGCCUGCUGCAGUUGUGGCUAGCAGCAAGGUGAAGGAAGAAAGCAGCGGGAAUGGAAGUGAAUUUGGUUCCUCCCAAACCACACCUGGCAGUGGCACUGGUGGGCUGUCAGAGUUUGGCACAAACAAAAUGAACAUGGGUCAAAAAUUACUGAGUAGUAUAGAAAAAGAUGCAGUCAGCAUCUACACAAAGUACAUCUCAUUUGAUGCCAGCCACCCAAUCGGCAUUAGUGAUGAAUUAAGAAAUGAGACAACUAGUAAAAUAUGUCAAGAAGAUGGAAAAGUUGACCCACAAUGUUUUGUCGAUUGCCAACAAUACGUCUUGGAACUGAUGGAGAAAGACUACUACCCAGACUUCCUGCAUAGUGUAUUCCACUGUAAGCAUCAAAUAAAUGUGUUGACAAGUGGUAAGGUUUAUUUGGCAGACAUUUUACACAACGACACAGCCAUUUUCUACUUUAUGGAGUUUAUGGAACAGGAAGAUGCCAUCAACCUGUUUCAAUUCUGGAUGGCAGCUGAGAAUUUCCAGCAACAUUUGUCCCUCUCUCACGGCUGCUACGACGGUCUCCAAGCACAGGAAGAUGCCAUGGUGCUUUAUGAUAAGUAUUUUUCCUUGCAAGCCACCCAACCUCUUGGCUUUGAUGAUAAAAUACGAUUGGAGGUUGAAAGUAAUAUUUGUCGAGAAGGGGGACCACUGCCCGAUUGUUUUGCUAAACCAAAGAACAUGGUGCUUCGGGUUAUCGAGAAGGUCUACUUUCCCAAUUUCCUCCGUGGAGAUCUUUAUUAUAAAUUCCUUUCAGAAUUGAUCAACACAGUGCAGCUUGCCAAUGACUUGCCUCAGAAAUCAAGAAAACGCCUUGGCAGUGACGCAUCCUCAGAAAACAGUGCUGGAAGCCAAAGUACCGGGGCAGAGAGCGUGAGUUCCCGCAACACCUUGUUGGCCACUGACACAAGCCACUUGAAAAAGGCCCUAAAUAAAAUGCAAGUUGAUUUGCGCAUUGACUCUGUGCUUCUUAAUCCGGAUGCUUUAUGGAAGAGGAAUGCUCCAGGAUUGUACCACUCCACAGCCUCCUCUGACCUGUCUCAGCAGGCCAACAGUGAACCGAAGAUGUCAUUUGGUCACAUUAAUGACCUUGGACAAUUUGUAUCUGAGUAUGACCCUGAGCCAGAACUUGAAAAGAAAAAAUCUUCCAUGUUUUUCCGGAAGAAGAAGGAUAGAGAAAAAGAACAAGAGGACAUGGCUGUCCAGAUUGCCCAGAUGAUCAUAUCAGAUCAUUCAAUAAUGGACUGA